AUGGGAUCCCCCAUCUCACCUAUCAUUGCAAACAUUUUCAUGGAACAUUUUGAAAAUAAAGUCCUGAAAAACGCACUUCUCAAACCCUCUACAUGGUUUCGAUAUGUUGAUGACACUUUUGUCAUCUGGAAUCAUGGCAAAGAAACGUUCCCUCAAUUUCUCGACUUUUUAAAUUAUCAGCAUCGCAGUAUUCAGUUCAUAAUGGAAAUAGAACAGAAUAAUCAGCUCCCCUUUUUAGACGUGUUAGUUAAAAAGAACGACGACGGCACCUUAGGCCAUCGGGUUUAUCGAAAACCAACACAUACGGACCGUUACCUCCAUUCCACCUCUCAUCAUCACCCGGCUCAGAAGAAUUCUGUCAUCAGUUCAUUAAUAUACAGAGCCUUAACAAUUUCUGAACCAACUUCCCUGAAUGAAGAAUUAGAACAUCUCAACCAAGUCUUGACCAAAAAUGGGUACAACACCAAAGACAUCCAUCGAACAACUGAAAGGCUGAAAAUAAAAUCUCCAGUUCUACAAAUAUGA